AUGCAGCUCCUCGCGGGGCUCAAUGCUGCUCAGCGAGCAGCAGUUACCUCACCAGCGUCGGUCCUGCAAGUUCUGGCCCCCCCAGGUUCCGGUAAGACGAAGACGUUGACCUGUCGAGUGGCCUACCUUCUGUCGCACCAUGGUCACAAUCCUCAGAAUGUCAUCUGUUGCACAUUCACCAUCAAGGCUGCCCGGGAGAUGCGAGAACGGUUACGCGGUCUGGUCGGCGAUCACCUUGAGUCCAAACUGGUGCUUGGGACAAUACAUUCAAUCUGCCGUCGUUAUCUGGUUGCUUACGGCCACCUCAUUCGCAUCCCCAAGGGAUUUGGGAUUGCAGAUACCUCAGACAGCAAUAGCAUCAUCAAGCGAAUCUGCAAGCGCAUGAACCUCUCGAUCGAACCGAAAGUAGCAAGAGCCAGGAUUUCGAGUCACAAAGCAAAGGGCAAAGCAUUGGAAGAUCUACCCAAGAGUCAACCAAAGGAGCUUAAAGACCAGGAGUUCGUCACAGUCUUUCACGAGUAUGAAGCAGCAUUGGCGACUUCCAAGCUGUUAGACUACGAUGACUUGCUGCUGAGAUGCGUCGACCUCCUUCGAGCGUAUCCUGCCUGCGUCUCCAACGUCGAGGCCCUGCUGAUUGAUGAGUUUCAAGACACGAAUAUUGUGCAGUUUGAACUUAUGAAACUGUUGGCGUCGAGAAAAAGAAAGAUCACUAUUGUUGGUGAUCCUGAUCAGAGCAUAUAUGGAUUUAGAGCAGCUGAGAUUGAGAAUCUCAGCCGCAUGAAGACAUUCUACCCCGAAACCGUGGUCAUCAAUCUGGAAGAGAACUACAGAUCGACGUCGGCUGUGCUGGCGCUCGCCCAGGACGUCAUCGAACAGGACGAGAGUCGGCCACAAAAGAGGAUGAAAGCUACACAUUGCCAUGGGACUAGACCUGUCCUCCGGCGGCUGCCCAAUCCUAACGAGGAAGCGCUGUGGAUUGCCAGCGAGAUCAAGAGAACGAUGGCAAUGACCGGUGGUCUGCUUCUGCAUUCGGACUUUGCAAUUCUUCUCCGAUCAGCAUAUCUGUCAUUACUCAUCGAAAGAGCGUUGACGACCGCCGGCAUUCCAUAUCGCAUGGUCGGAGGCCAACGAUUCUUUGACCGCGUGGAGAUCAGGGUCAUCAUCGACUAUCUUCGCACUAUAAGCCAUCCUGACAACAACCAGGCAUUCCUCGCCAUCAUCAAUAUCCCAUCACGGAAAAUUGGAGAGACUUCAAUCGCUGAAAUGGUCAAGCUGGGUGAGGAGAACAGGCUCUCCCUCUGGACUGUGGCACAAAAGGUCCUUGUCGGCGAGCUAAAGCCCGCGAAAAAGUUGUCGAAACCCGCAGAACAGGAGUUAGGCCGUCUCCUCAACCUCAUAAAGACAGGUAGACAGAAGAUGAACACGGUAUCUCCAGCAACUACGGUCCCGUCAAAAUUAAUUGGUUUCCUUGUCAACUCUCUCGACUACGAAAAUUAUCUCAAGAAAAAAUACAAGGAUGAUCAUGAAGAUCGAAUUGAGAACGUCAAAGAACUCGUGACUCAUGCCUCAGAGGUCUUGCUUCAAUCAGCUGCCGAAGAACCACUUGCAAGUAUUGAGGGUAUGGAGCAAGCAGCCUCGAACGGUGGCGAGGAAGUCCUGGCUCAAUUUCUAGCCAACAUUGUCUUGUCGACAGACGUGGAGAAUGAAGAAGGCAAAGACAAACCUCGUGUCACGAUCUCGACUAUCCACUCGGCAAAGGGUCUUGAGUGGCCAGUUGUCUUUAUUCCUGCCAUUUACGAAGGAUCCAUUCCUCACUCACGAGCUGAAAACACCGAUGAAGAGCGACGCUUGCUCUACGUUGCCAUGACCAGAGCACAGGCUCUGUUGACCAUGACUUUCCCAAUACUGCAAUCUCGAGAUCAGGGAGAAUCGAUACUCACCCAAUUUCUCCCGAGCGAACUCCAUCACCGUACCUGCCGAACAGGGCCGUUGUUCGAUGAUCGGGUGAUCCGUGAUCUGGCCAGCAUUCUUAAGCGGCCUGUUCCCUCACAGGAGGAUUUGGCGAAGAGCUUGCAAACCUUGGACGGCGACGAUAGCAGAGAAGAUGAUGCCUGGCCCCCUGACGGCAGUCGUCGACCUACGCCAAUGCUGGCUGACGACGGUCAUGCUCUGCCAGAAUUCGGCAGACCGCUCGGGGAAGUUCUCGCAGCUCAAAAGCAGCAGUAUCGAUCCUACUCAACAACGGCAGCAGCCAAUCGUGUGGGGGGCUCCGGCAGCCCUGAGAUCGCCACUACCAUGAGCAGGGCUGGUAGCUUCUCAACCUCCAACAUGUCGCUCGGUUUCACUACUGCAGGUUAUCAGUUGAAGAAUGUCUGGGAACGCUCUCCAGCCUCGUCAGAUCCGACACCUCCCUCGAAGAAGCCAAAGCUCUCCAAGUCAGCUUCAGCGCAGGGUCCCAUUGUCGGUUUCUUCUCAAAACCAGCCAUGCAGGCACGUCGACCCUCCCCCGAACCAGCGCCCGCUCCAACAGCCCGGGACCUAUAUCCACAGCGAAAGCAAGAUCAGGGAGCCACGCAGGUGAAACAGGCAUGGCAGAGUUUCGAAAGUUACUCCUUCGGCUCCAGCAUCCCGCAAGAGCUCUCCUCACACAAGUUAAACGCCAACAAUGGGUUACGUUACCGUCCUUCCGCCCCAUCACGGGACGCGAACGCCUCCUCCACUAUACGAUACGCCGGGCUGUACAGCUCUUCACCUCCACCCGUAGAUGACGAGGACAAAAAGCCGCACCUUCGACGUACCGGUGACGAAAACGAGGGGAUCAGCAAGGCCCCAGGCUUUAAGCCCUCGCUUGGGCCACCGCGGGCUGAUCUGGAGACAGAUUCUCGGCUCAACAACAACAUCAAUAUCAACGGUGGUACUCGUACCAAGCCAGCCACGACGAUGCAUAAAACAAGUAUGGCGUCCGUGUCUGCGGCCUUCUCGUCGGCGGCAAUGGUGGGCUCCAAUCCCGGCGUCGGCAGGAAGACCCUCGGUGUUAGGCGCACGAUGAACGGUUGGAAUGAUCGGAGACAUAAGUAG